AUGAAAGAACCAUUGACUGAAGAUCCGAACACUACACCAAUAUUUUCUACCAUUGUUGGACGACAGAGAACAACAGUUAUAUGUAAAUGUAAAAUUUGUGAAGCAUCUGCACGAUAUUCUUAUUAUGGUGCCAUUGUAUGUCAUUCAUGUAAAAUGUUUUUUAAACGAAAUGCAGAAAAUCGAAAGUCAAUAUUAAAAUGUUCGUCUGGUAAUAAAUGUGAUAUUAACAUGGGUAAUCGUCAUACAUGUGCUUCAUGUCGACUUAGAAAAUGUUUCAUGAAUGGAAUGCGUAGUGAAAUGAUUCGAUCAUCUCAAUGCAAGAAAAAUAAGAGAGAUAAAAAAAGAAAAUUGAUUAUUGAUUCAAUACCAUUAACGUCGACAACAUCAGUGAUAUUGAACAAGAAAUUUCAAUUUGAUCAAGUAAAAAUUUUCAUAUAAUUAUAUUAAUUCGAUUUCUACAAAGGAUAUUAAAUUAUUGAUAGAUUAUUUUUACCUCAUGAAAUUUAAUUAUAACACUAUAUUGAAAAACUUUACUGAAGAAAUUUUGCCUUGGAUAAAACGAAAUAAACUAAACAGUAAUGAUACUAUCCGAUAUUUUUAAAAUGAAUGUUACCAUUAGUAAAAAGGGUAGAAUAACAAAGCUUUUGAUUAGUGCAUGUGGGUAUAAGUAUUAGGCUUUCCUACAUCUACACACAUUCCUGGAUUGAAGAGCUAGCACUACUCAUUUAAUGCAAAUAUUGUCACUUCCAAUCGAAACUUGUAUGUAGUGAUUCAAUGAAAGAAUAUUUGUUCAACACAUCUAUGAUGAAACAACUUGAUAAUACUAUGAAUAAGAUUCCAUGAAAGAAGAAAAAAUUUAUUUUUUGAAAUCAACGAAUACUUGAUUUAAUGAAACGAUAUGAAAAAGAUUAUUUAUCAUGAGAUGAAUAUUUUAAUAAGAUUAGGAAAAAAUAAUAAUUAUAUUUUUUUAUCACCAUCUUAUGCAUUAUUGAACUCUAUGUUCUUAUUUUUAUUAUUAAAAUUACCGACUCUAAUA